GUCCGGCUCUGUCCCUGAGCGUUCUUCCGGCUUACAUGUUGGAAAAAAGAAAAGACGAAUGGAAAAAAUUGUAAUCCACAAAACGACCAUUGCAUAGUCUUCAAAAAGUUAAAAUGAGCUCCCAGCAAUUCCCCCGACACGGGCUGCCUGCUUCCAGCGGGGGAGCACCUCAGAUCCCUGCUGGAGGAAACCUGGUGUCUAUCAAUCAGCCGUCAAACCCACCAGCUGGUGGGGAUGCAGACAGCGGCCGGGACGCCGACCACGGGCAGCAGGAUCAUCCACCUGCAGGAGGCGGGGGGACCUUGGUGUUCAGAGAUGACAAGCAGGAGACCAUGGUGGUCAGACCGUAUCCACAGGUGCAGACACACGGCCAGCCACAAGCUGCUCCCCAAACUGUACCCAUCCAGCCUGGCACACCCGUGACUGUACCUGCUCCCUCUGUCCACCUCCCACAGGGCCAGCCUGCAGUCCUUACUGACGGACAGAUGAAGGCUGUCCUGAAGUCACCUAUGCCAAGUCGUCUUAUUGCCCCAGCACCAGCUUCCAACCAGAGUCACAUCCCCAUACCCCCCAAAGUCCCUGGUCACAUUACUGUCACCAUAGAAAGCAGUAUUGCUCCAACCACAUCUAUCCCUGUGGCAACCAUCAGUGGUCAGCAGGGACACUCCAGCAACUUACACCACCUGAUGCCAGCAAACAUUCAGAUCAUUCGGGGAAGUGCCCCUGCACUGCAGAUCGGGACCCCUGCAGUCCCUCCCCAGACCUUCACGUCCCAUUUACCCAGAGGGGCUGCUGCAGCUGCUGUUAUGUCGAGCUCCAAAACAGUCCUGCGGCCAGCUACUGGAGCGAGUGCAGGUCCCGGCCAGCCCACAGUGCAGCACAUCAUCCACCAGACUAUUCAGUCCCGCCCUACCGUGACAACGUCUACAGCCGUGCUUCCCACUGUGGCCCCCAUCUCAGCAACCAGAACUCAGUCUCCUGUUAUCAGUCCAACAGUUACACACUCUGCAGAGGUGGCUCAUGGGCGCCCGGGGCUGACCAUUCACCCACCUCCAGCCACCGUCAGUAUUCAGAGGCCUCAGACAACCCGUGAUACCGCUACACGGAUUACACUGCCAUCUCACCCUGCAAUCGGGGCUCAGAAGCCGCAGCCUCCGCACACCAUGACACAGAAGCCCAUCUUCAGUACUGUGACACCAGUUGCUGCAGCUACUGUGGCACCAAUUGUUGCAACUAACACUGUGCCAUCAACCACAACAAUGGGCUCUGUGCCACACAGCCAAAUGACCAGUAACACUAUCGUCACCAUGACGAUGGCCUCACACUCCUCUCAUGCUACAGCAGUGACCACUUCUGCCAUCCCUGUUGCUAAAGUGGUCCCUCAGCCCAUCGCCCAUUCUACAUCCCGCGUGCAGCCCGACUACCCCGGAGAGAGAGCUAACCUCAUCCCCAUCCCGGGCCAUCGGUCAUCUCCUAACCCCGUCACCAUGGAAGCAAGAAGUGACAACAGACCCUCUGUGCCAGUGCAGUUCCAGUAUUUCCUGCCGGCAUACUCCUCCUCAUACCCUCUGCCACACACCUACACCCCUAUCAGCAGCUCUGUAUCUACCAUCCGUCAGUUUCCUGUUACUCCCCAAGCUCCGAGUUCAGCGCUGCCCACUCAAGCUGGAGUCGGUGUGGCCACCACCGUCCAUCUCAACCACAUGCAGCUGAUGGCAGUGGAUCGGAUCGGUCUGUCGUCUACACAAAUCAACACCCAAGGCAUCCAGCCAGCGCCGAUCACUGCGCAGGGCAUUCAGCCCACACCCAUAGGAGUUCAGGGCCUGCACACGUCUGCACCAAUCACCACGCAGGGAAUACAGCAAGCACCAAUAGUCACUCAGCAACCGCAGCAGCAACAACCGCAGUCUGAAGCAAAAUCUGGGGUUGUUUUGGCUGAAGGCUUUGUAGCUAGCCCGAUCAGCACCACAUUCGGCAACACCCAGCCCGUAGCCACCAUGGUACAGGCGCACACUCAGGGAGGAGUCGGCGGAGCUCCCACCCUGGUCUCCUCCCCUAGACCCAGCAUCCUGCGCAAGAAGCCCGCUAAUGAAAGUUGCGUUCGCAAGAACCUGAUCCCUGCACAGGCCAGUGAACCUGGCAGCGGCAGAAUAGAGAGUGGCGUGAGAGGAGCAGGAUCUCCCCGACCUGCAGGCGUGAAACCCAAAACCGAGGUGCACAUGGCAGUGGCCCCCCCUGUCAUGGCGACAGUAGAAGCACUACCGUCUCAGGGAGGGGAGCAGCAGGCCGUGUCUUCAAACGCCCAGCACCUCGCCCAGGCCAUACCAACCAUGCUGGCCACGCCGGGACCCGUUCCUCCCUCCCAGCCCUCCACUGUCCUCUCAGCCCUGCCGGCAGCCAUGGCUGUAACUCCCCCGGUUCCCGCUUCAAUGGCCAAUACCGUGGCUUCUCCCACUCAGCCUGCAGCCAGUAGCACUGCGGCGUGCGCCGCCAGCUCCGCCUGCCCCGAUGUGAAAAUCAAGCAGGAGGUGGAGUCGAUGGACACUUCUCAGCCAGAUGCCAACGCAAACUUGUCAUCAGCGACCGCCCACAACACCCAGGCCUCCACCCUGAACACUCCAGCAAUAGGAGAUCUGAUCCCCGGAGCCUCCCCGAGGAAGAAGCCCCGCAAGCAGCAGCACGUUAUUUCGACAGAGGAGAGCGAGAUGGUGGAGACCAACAGCACAGACGAGGAGAAAGCACCAGGCAGGCCCAUCACCGGCAGGGCUGAGAGGCGCGAAUCUCCACCGAGAGAAUAUGUUGAUGAGGAAGGAGUGCGCUAUGUGCCAGUAAAGCCUCGGCCACCUGUUACCCUUUUGCGGCACUACCGCAACCCCUGGAAGGCUGCUUACCACCACUUCCAGAGGUACAGCGACAUCCGGGUCAAAGAGGAAAAGAAGGGCAGCUUACAGGAUAUGGCCAAUCAGAGAGGGGUGGCUUGCCGAGCACAAGGCUGGAAAAUUCACCUGUGUGCUGCACAGCUCAGGCAGUUGUCGAGUUUGGAGCAUGACGUGUACAGCCGCCUUUCCACCCUUCAAGAGGGCCUGAUUCCAAAGAAGAGAGCAGGCGCCGAUGACGACCUUCACCGAAUCAACGAGCUUAUACAGGGCAACAUGCAGCGCUGUAAGCUGGUGAUGGACCAGGUGACUGAAGCCAGGGACACGAUGAUGAAAGUGCUCGACCAUAAGGAGAAAGUGCUGAAGCUGCUCAACAAAAACGGCUCUGUCAAGAAAUCCUCCAAACUGAAGCGUAAAGAACGCGCUUAAGCAAGGGGGGAGGGCCGUCUCUUCUGUCGACGCCACCGCCAUCCCCUCUGAAGAAAGGGGGGGAAAGGAGCUGCUCAGAAUUUGGUGCUAUGAUUCGCUGCAUACAAUCGCACGCACCCUCCCUAUCUGCCUGAGAGCAGACAGAGAGAAGUGACAGGAGGCUGAGGACAGGACCUCAGAAGCAGAAAGGUUCUCAAUGAAGACACAAAGUACACGAGCGUGGAGCAUUGUAGGUUGCAAUAGAGUGGCCAACUGGACAGCCCUGUCACUGGUUUUCCUCCCUCCCCCUAUUUUUUUUUUUUGUCAAUUUUUGAAAACCCCAGAGACAAUUUUUACUAACUUAGUUUCUGCCUCUUCUUUUAAGACGACGUGUGAACUGACACAUUGUGUAUCUGUGAUAUUAGGCACUAAAUACUGGUGCAGUAACCCCUGUAAGUGAUCAAAGUGUUUCAGUUAAGGCAAAUGUCCCCGAGAAUUAUCGAACGGGACCAAUCAGAAUCAUUUAUAAGGAGUCCUUUAGCAAAACUGUGUGUAUACAGACUAAUCUCAAAAUCGCAAAAUGUGCUCUUUUUUCAUCGAUCUGUGCCUUCAUUUUGUCUGUGUACAUGAAAUUGAACGGGGACACGUGAAAGCCGUUCCACAUGCUGUUAUAAAAUAUUCAUCUAAAAAUAUCACACAUAGGAAGAGGUCAGGUCAACUCCACUGCUUCUCCCCUUUUUUCACAUUUUAUACUGCACUUGCAUUUUUUCUAAGUUAAGUUCAUUUGUUCAUCUAGAAUUGGUCAAAUUAACUAUCAGCCACAUGUUUAGGUGUAAUCUAAAAGAUUAUGGAAGACUUUAGUGGUUUGAGGUUAAAAAAAAAAUUUUUAAAAAAGAGUUUAAAGGUGCAGUGUUGUAGGAUUUAGUGACAUCUAGUAGUGAGGUUGCAGAGUGAACCCUCCCUUUUCAAGCGUGUAGGAGAACCUGCGGUGUCUGCGAAACUUGAAAGCUUGCAAAAAAUGUGAAAGGCUCUCUCUCUAGAGCCAGUGUUUUGGUUUGUCCAUUUUGGGCUACUGUAGAAACAUGGCGGGGUCCGUGGAAGGGGACCCACUCCACAUGUUGAUAUAAAAGGCUAAUUUUAAGGGAAAGAAAACACAACAGCCCUUAUUUCAGGUGAUUAUAUACUAAUUAAAACAUACUUAUGAAUAAUAUAUUUAAUUUCUGCCUAAUCCAUUCCACUAGAUGCCACUAAAUUCUACACACUGCACCUUUUAAAAGAUGGCAAAUUGAAUUUAUAAACAAAAGAAAUGCUCUUAAAAGUUAUAUAGUGUCCUCUGAUGGUUAUCUGGAAGUGAGAACAUACUGUUAUGCAUAACGCCAAAUUACCUUCACAUUUCAAACUGCUACGAAUCACCCACUAAAUCCACAGUAAAUGGAUGUCAGUGGUGAUAAUACUUUCAUGUGGUAUCAGAAGGAGUAGUGCUUGACAGAGAGCGAGAAUCCUCUUGUGGUUACAAUGUUGGAUCGAAUUCAUGUAAAUCACUGUAAAUGUGCUCUUGGUUUUUUUUCCAUUGACCUGGUUUUGUACUCAUUGAAACAUGUUGUGCUGUGCGACGCUCUGCUUCACUUCUUUUUUUUUUCUUUUUUUUGCUGAGUGUAACGAUAAUGACGUUAUGAGACGAAGCGAGCCUGAAACAUCCAGCUAUUGUAUGUUUUUUUUUG